UUCAACAAAAGAGUCAGUGAUCGAGAUAGAGACAAAGAUAUAGAGAGAUGGAGAACUCAGUGACCCAAGAUGGCAUCGCGUCAUUAUUAUCCCUCGAUUCCUCCUCUGUUCAACCUCAGAUCGUCGUUCAAGUCGUGGAUCUUAAACCCGUUGGAAAUCGAUACACGUUUAAUGCUAAUGAUGGAAAGAUGAAGAUCAAAGCAAUGUUGCCUGCGACUUUAACGUCUGAGAUCGUCUCUGGAAAAAUCCAGAAUCUUGGUCUGAUUCGUCUCCUUCAUUAUACUGCCAACGAUAUUCCAGGCAAAUCUGGAGAAAAAUAUUUGCUUGUAACCAAAUGCGAGGCUGUUGCUUCUGCACUUGACUCAGAGAUUAAGUCGGAGCUCAAAGCUUCUACAGGCAUAGUGUUGAAACCGAAGCAGGAGUUUGUCGCCAAAUCAGCUUCACAGAUAAUCAAUGAGCAGAGAGGAAACGCUGCACCAGCUGCAAGAAUGGCUAUGACCAGGAGGGUCCAUCCCCUUGUGUCCUUGAACCCUUACCAAGGAAGCUGGACCAUUAAAGUCCGUGUCACAAACAAAGGAGUCUUGAGAACUUACAAAAACGCUAGAGGAGAAGGAUGUGUCUUCAAUGUGGAACUAACUGAUGAGGAAGGAACGCAGAUUCAGGCGACGAUGUUUAACGCACCUGCAAAGAAGUUUUAUGACACGUUCCAGAAGGGAAAAGUCUAUUACAUAUCGAGGGGAACACUUAAGCUUGCUAACAAGCAGUUCAAGACGGUUCAGAACGAUUACGAGAUGACUCUGAACGAGUAUUCAGAGGUUGAAGAAGCUGGGAGCGAAGAAAUGUUUAUCCCUGAGACAAAAUUCAACUUUGUACCCAUUGAUGAGCUGGGUCCAUACGUGAAUCAGAAGGAGCUUGUUGAUGUUAUCGGUGUUGUCCAAAGUGUUUCUCCCACCAUGAGCAUUAGAAGAAAGAGUGACAAUGAGAUGAUCCCAAAGAGGGAUAUAAUUUUAGCUGAUGAGACGAAGAAAACCGUCGUGGUGUCCCUUUGGAACGAUCUAGCUACUGACUUAGGACAAGAGCUUCUAGACAUGGCUGAUAAGUACCCUGUCAUUGCGAUUAAGUCUCUCAAAGUUGGAGAUUUUCAAGGUGUUUCACUCUCCACUAUCAGCAAAAGCGACGUGGUGGUAAAUCCUGAUAUACCAGAAGCUGCAAAGUUAAAAUCUUGGUAUGAUUCCGAAGGUAAAGAGACGUCUAUGUCUGCUAUUGGCUCUGGGAUGAGCCCUUCUGCCAAUAGUGGAUCAAGAUCCAUGUAUUCUGACAGAGCCUGUCUCUCUCACUUCACAACCAAUCCCUCUUUAGGCGAGGACAAGCCUGUGUUUUUCAGUACUAGAGCUUACAUAAGCUUCAUCAAGCCAGACCAGGCAAUGUGGUACCGUGCUUGCAAGACUUGUAACAAGAAAGUGACUGAAGCAAUGGACUCUGGUUACUGGUGUGAAGGUUGUCAGAAAAAGGAUGAAGAGUGCAGUUUAAGGUAUAUAAUGGCGGUGAAAGUCUCUGAUUCAACCGGUGAAGCCUGGUUCUCUGCAUUCAAUGAUGAAGCAGAGAAGAUGAUUGGAUGCACAGCUGAUGAACUCAACGUACUAAAAUCGGAGGAAGGGGAAGGGAAUGAGUUUCAGACAAAACUGAAGGAAGCUACUUGGUCAUCUCAUCUCUUCCGUGUUAGUGUUUCUCAACAAGAGUAUAACAGUGAGAAGAGACAGAGGAUAACUGUAAGAGGUGUUGCUCCGGUUGAUUUUGCUGCUGAGACAAGAUUGUUGCUUCAAGACAUUUCCAAGAACAAGAUGACAUCUCAGUAGUUCUAACCAUGACAUGUUUUAUCUAGAGCUUUUGAUAAACUAAAAGUCCCAAGCUUUGUAUUAUACAAGUUCUUCUGCGGUCAGUCAAAUUAGUAUUUUAUGUCAUUUAAAUGUUGAUUCUAGUUGAAUUUUGUAUCUAGAGCUUUGCUAAACUAAAAGUCCCAAACUUUGUAUUAUACAAGUUUUCCUGAAGUCAGUUAAAUUA